UCCGGGGUUCAGACUGUAUACGGGACUUUGCUAAAGCCUGUGGGGCAAAGUGUCCCCAGGCUUUGACCUCAACCAAGCUUAGAAAGCAUGCAGCUACACUUUCUACUGUGCUAAACAUGACGGACACAGAAAUGGACCAGCUGGCCAACUUUCUCGGCCACGACAUCCGAAUUCAUCGUGAGUUCUACCGACUGCCUGAGAAGACCUUACAGCUGGCGAAAAUCAGCAAAGUACUUAUGGCACUGGAGCAAGGAAGACUAGCGGAGUUCCAUGGCAAGAACUUAGAUGAAAUCACCAUCGGUCCGGAUGAAAGUGUUCUGGAUACUGAUGAGGAAGAUGUGACCAGAGAAGAGGAUUUCAAUGAACCAUCAGCAGAGGAGACUCUUCAAUGCACUGAGAGGACUGCAUUUCCACCAUCACCUAAGAGACCCAGACCACUCUCAGAGGAAGAAGAGGUAUCUUCUGGUGUCAGUGCAGUGAGACCUUCUUCUAAAGGUAAAGCAGCACAGAAAAGAAGGCCCUGGCAGCAGACAGAGGUGAAAGCAGUCGAGAAGCACUUGAAACAGUUCAUCACGUCUUGUACUGUGCCAGCAAAGAAUGACUGCUUGAAAUGUUUAAAGGCUGAACCAGAAGCUUUAAAGAACCGCGACUGGCAGACAUUGAAGUUUUAUGUCUAUAACCGUAUUACAGCAUACAAAAGGAAAGUGCACUUUAAAUAGCAUGACAAUUGUCAGAAAAAGCUGGUACAUGAGUUCAUGUGUCCUAAAAGUUUUAUAUGUAUGUUGAAUAUAUUUUCUAUGUUCACAUGUUAAUUUACAAAAACAGUUUCUGAAGUGCUUGUAUUGUUUAAAGUUUGCUGAUGAAUGUCCAAUGUGACACUGUGCAAGAUGCACUGAGUUUGCUGGUUUAAUUCUAAAGGUCAAAUAUGGUUUUUGAAGGACUUUGAUUUCCUGAUUUCUUUUGUAUACAUUUCUAGGACUGGCAGACCUUGACAUUUUUUGUCUACAAUUGCAUGUUAAAUGCAUUUUCUAUGUUCACAUGUUAAUUUACAAAAGCAGUUUCUGAAGUGCUUGUAUUGUUUAAAGUUAGCUGAUGAAUGUCCAAUGUGAGACUGUGCAAGAUGCACUGAGUUUGCUGGUUUAAUUCUAAAGGUCAAAUAUGGUUUUUGAAGGACUUUGAUUUCCUGAUUUCUUUUGUAUACAUUUCUAGGACUGGCAGACCUUGACAUUUUUUGUCUACAAUUGCAUGCUAAAUGCAUUUUCUAUGUUCACCUGUUAAUUUACAAGCAGUUUUUGAAGUGCUUGUAUUGAUUAAACCUAAGUUAGCUGAUGAAUGUCCAAUGGGAGACUGUGCAAGAUGCACUGAGUUAGCUGGUUUAAUUCUAAAGGUCAAAGAUGAUUUUUGAAGGACUUUGAUUUCCUGAUUUCUUUUGUAUAAAUGUCAAGGACUGGCAGACCUUGACAAUUUUUGUCUACAAUUGCAGGUUAAAUGCAUUUUCUAUGUUUACAUGUUAAUUUACAAGUAGUUUCUGAAGUGCUUGUAUUGUUUAAAGUUUGCUGAUGAAUGUCCAAUGUGAGACUGUGCAAGUUAGCUGGGUUAAUUCUGAAGGUCAUUCAUGCCUUUAAACUUUGACUUUGAUGUCCUGAUUCAUUUUGUAUAAAUACUCCUUACUCCUUUACUCCUUUACUUAGCCUAUUUAAAUUUUACCUUAUAUUGUCUGCUUUAGCAUUAACAAUUCUUAUUAAAAACUCUUCUAUAUUACCAAAAAACACUGGCAGACUAGCAACCUUUCCAAUGAAAAGGGUUGAGGACAAUUUUGUUUCAGCUAGAUACUAGUAAAUGUGAUAGCAGUGGAUGUAUAUGCUUUAACAUUUUUGUAGUGAAACUUCAAAUACUUUGAGAAAAGGUGUGUUUUAUUAAUUGGAGGAUUAUUUCAUUAUGUCCCCACAAGACACAUAGUAAUGUGUGAAUUAUGCAAAUUAUAUUUAAAUGAGGUCCCCUUGAACCAUGUUUGCCACAUUUUCCAAGUGUCCCCAGUAAGCAUGGUCAACACAUUACUUCAUCAAUCCACAAACUUCAAGGUGUGUAUGAGCUAACCGGGCAAUGGCAAUUGUAGCUGAUUUUUUUCAAACCUUAAGAACCUCCAGAAAGGGUGGUCCCCACAAGUAAUGUUCAGAAACUUGGUCCCCAAACCAAAUAGAAACCAGUAUGUGUGUGUGUGUGUGUGUGUGUGUG